GUCGCGCGCGCGUCGGCAGUCGGUCCGCGGUCGCCCGUCAGUUCGCCUCGCCGUCGGUCCUCGGUUACAUCGUCGUGUUUAUUAUACUGUAGUUAUGUGUUAUAAUUUUAUUCUUCUCGUUUCCCUCCCGUUGCCGGACAGCUGAAUAUCUUGGUUUCGUUUCGUAUCAUAACCACUAUAGGUAGAUACCUACAACUAUAAUACAAGGGCAGUAUACUAGCAAUAAUAUUAUUAUCAUUGCCGGGGACGUGCGCGCGCACGCCGCCAACCACCCGAUCGUUGGACGCAGAGCUCCCCGCUGAGGGUGCCAUAGAAGGAAGUUACUACGAGGAGAGGGAAGAGCUUGUGAGGGUUACAACCACCGUCAUCCGCGCGAUCGCGCCGGGAGCUGCGCUGUAGCCGUACGCGCCCGUGCUGCCAACGGCGGCCAAACUCACUGUUGAGGAUGGUCACUGUACGGGCACCGUCAUUUCUAGUUCGGCGAAUAUGCGUCUUCAUAUUUUUAGGAAUCAUGGGUUAUUCGAUUUUUCAAAUGACCCGCAGCAAUACCUAUUACGAUAUGACAGAUCGAAACAUUAUGCGAAAACAAAUCGAACUCGAUAUUAGCAAAUCGUCGAAUAAUGAAGCUCCAGUUAAAAAUUCGAAAACAGAAAACUAUAUAGCAUGUCCGCAUCCUAUUUUGGACCCGUUCGACCCGACCAUGAUGAAAUUCGUCAAAAGGGAGCCGCCUUUGGCCUGCGACCCGGAGGAGGAUUGGGUUACUAUCAAGGGAAACAUCGCGCGUAUCACCGACAAGGCACUCAAGAAGUAUGGAGACAUCCAGUGCAAAUUUAUGGACGUUUUGAGGGCCAACGAAUUUUCCACAUCGCUGGGCGUCGUGACCACGACUCACACAGAAUACAAUUUGGAGACGUCGGAUUUUUUCAGAGUUUACUGCGAGUCGGAAAACGGCCAAUUUAGUUGGGAGAGCCGCAUGGCCGGCAUACGAUUCGACGAGGAUGUGAUAAAUCGAGCCGGAUGGGACCAAGUGCCCAAAGAUGGAUUGGGCCUCAACGUUCUAAUGAUCGGAUUGGACUCUAUGUCAAACAUGAUGGUGCAGAGAGUAUUGCCCAAGGUGUAUUCCAAGCUGAAGUCUAUGGGAGCACGCGUGCUUAAUGGCUAUAACAUUGUCGGCGACGGGACUCCGCAGGCAUUGAUACCCAUUUUGACAGGACGCACUGAACUGGAGCUUCCGGACACUAGGAAACGCAUGGGGAACAAAGCGUCUUACGUGGACGUCUAUCCGUUUAUAUGGAACGAGUUCAAGAAACACGGUUAUGUUACUGGUUAUGCUGAAGAUGUUCCGGACGUUGGCAUAUUUACCUACAGGCUAAAAGGAUUUGACCAACAGCCGACCGAUCAUUAUAUGCGAUCAUAUUACGUAGACGCGUCACCAAUGUUCAAACAACAAAAGCCUUUUUGUUACGGUUCUCUACCUAGGCACAAGAUAAUGCUCAACUACAUCAAAGACAUGUUUCGUGUGUACGAAGACAAGCCAAAGUUCAUGUUUGCAUUCCAAGGCGAAUUGUCCCAUGAUUACGCGAGCAAGGUGUCAGUCGCGGAAAACGAUCUGGUUGAGUGGUUGGAAUGGUUUGAGAAGUCUGGUUACCUGAACAAUACCAUGCUGGUAUUUAUGAGUGAUCACGGUCAAAGAUUCGCUUCCGUGCGUGACACACAACAAGGAAAACUCGAAGAGCGGAUGCCAUUUUUCUCGUUCGUGCUACCUAAAUGGUUCGACCGGAAGUAUCCAACAAUGGCGUCCAACCUGGACAAAAACACUAACCGUCUGACAACCCCAUUUGACAUAUACUCAACACUUAUGAGUGUCCUGCAUCGAGAAGCGCCUAAAACCGACGACGUAAACAAGCGUUCCAUAUCGCUGUUCAACGAGAUACCGUUGGAGAGGACAUGUAGAGAUGCCUAUAUCGAACCUCACUGGUGCGCUUGUCUGAAGUGGCAGCCGAUAAGCGAAGAUAGUUCGUUGGUCGUCGACGCAGCAGCAAACUUUGCACAGUUUCUCGACAGGUUUAAUUCUGAGUACACCGAUCUGUGUGCGCCAGUGGUGAUAGAUCGGAUCGAAUGGGCCAACAAGAUGGCACCCAACGAAGGGCUGUUGAAAUUCCACCAGGCCGCCGACACCGACGGAUUUGUACCCGAUAUGUCGGCCAACACCAAAAUAACCGACAUCUAUCUGCAGAUAAAAGUGAUCUCGCGACGGCCUGCCAACGCCGUGUUCGAAUUUUCGUGCCAGUAUAACAGUAACACGCAUCGGUACACUGUUGACGAAAAGCAUAUCAGCAGAAUUAAUGAAUACGGAAACCAAAGUUGGUGCGUUUCAAAAACCCAGCCACAACUUAACAAAUACUGUUACUGCAAACAACCAAACUGAGAAAGUCUGACGUCUGCGUGGACACGAAAUUUUCCUAGUGCAACCGUUUAAACUCAGCUUCGAGGUCACUUUGAAUUAUUGUUAUUAUUUUUAAUUUGAUUUGAAUGAAGUUUUGUGUCAUAAAAAUCUCUCAACUGUUAUUUUUACUAUACCUAUAUUAUUAUUAGUUUAAUAAUGAUAUUAGUGUUACGUAGACUAUUAAUUGUCCAGCUUAGUUUUUUAAGUUCAUAAUUUUAAGUAAGUAUAAUUAUCCUAUGCGUGUGAUUCAAAAUUAGUUUUGGUUUGUUUUUUUUUGUUUUAAAUGUAAGUUUGUAAUUACAUUUUUGAUGUGGAUUCAUUCAAUGCAAAAUAUUCUGUAUUAACAAACAAUGACAAUGACAUUUUGGCGUAGCCGAUUCGGCGAUAGGGUUUUAAAUAGUAUAUACUCUCACAAUGUACAUAACUAUGAACCGAUGAUAGUUAACAAGAGAAAACACGAUUUGGUAAUAUAUAUUUUAUAGUCGGUUAGGUAUGUACGGUUUUAUACGGAAUAUUAUAUUAAUAUUGUCAAAAAAGACUAUCAGCCACAAGGCAUCGCUAAAACGGCAUCGCCAUAAGACACGUCCAUUAUAUUUUGUAUUUGUUUUGUUUUAAUAUUAAAAUGUCAAAUUUCCAUAUUACCUUAUAUUCUUUCUAAAUAUUGCGAAGUGAAUCUACUUUGUCUAGUCAGAUUAAUUUCUUGAGUUAUAAACUACGUAUAGACUUAUAUUUUUCUGGUCAAUUUUAAGACGAUUUAUUUUAAAUAAAAACAUUCGCCACUAAAAAUGUAUGUUUCAUAUUUAGAUAUGUUUAUUUAUAAUAUUCAUAAAUUGUAUUUUUGAUUUUAUAGUUACUUCUGUGACGUAUAAUAUAAUUUAAUGUGAAAACUACGUUUUUGUUAUGUUUGUUAUAAAUCGUGAUGUUUUAGUGAAUAUUUAGUGUUCGCGACUCAUCUAUAAACGCAUUGUUAUUUUGAAAUUGUUAGUAUUUGUAAUAUAUUUUUUUUUACGGGGUUCAACGUUUUGAAGUACGCGUGUCAUUUAAUAUAGUAUUAAUUUGUACUUAUUCAUAAUAUUA